GGCUUGCCGGUGUCGGAGAGCGGCGGCAGCGGCGGGAGGGCGGGAGUGCGGAACGUUUUUCACGUGUGUACUUUCUGGAGUUCGGUGGGACACCUGAGAGCUUGGAGAAGGCACCUCAGACAAUUAUCGGUUCGGUUUUCAUGAUUUUACCGGUGCUGAUAUGCCUGAUCCUCGGUGUGCCAGCCGUUCUGACUUUGUACCGAAAGAUUCGGCCGCUAUUUUCGGUGAAGGUUAACUGUUGGUUCUGCGGGAACACGACUGUCGUCCCGUACGGCAACAUCAACUGCUGGGACUGUCCUUCCUGCGAGCAGUACAAUGGAUUCAAGGAGGAUGGUGAUUACAACAAGCCGAUUCCAGCGCAGUAUGACGAAGCCCUGAACUUCGCUUCGACCGCCGGCCACCUGGCUGAGUCCUCGUUGGGAUCAAUCAAGUCGGAUUGGGAAAAUGGGCUCUGCUCUACCUGCAACUAUCACCAGCUGAUAAAAAUACGCCUACUGGCCGACUUCACACCGACCAGAGAGGACCGCUUUGACUCUGAGGUGGAGGAAUACCACAAACGCCUCGAGGAGGUGUACGCCUUGUGCGGAGCCUGCACGCAGCGGCUACGGCACCGGCUGAACGAGCAGGACUCUCUCCUGCGGCCGCAGCUCUUCGGUCAGCCCUGGUACAGGCCUCCCUGGCAAAGGACGUUGCGGAGGACCGUCUGUUUCAGGGAGCGUGUGCGGCUGCUCCUGUCGGUGCUCUCCUCCGUGCUGGGGCUGCUCGUCUCCUUCUCGCUGCUUCUGGUGCUCCUGGACAGCUGGAGCUUGCUCGGGGGCCCCGGUGGCAGGUGGGACCUGGCCCCCCUGCUCGGGAGUCGGCCCCCCUCUCCUUUGGUGCUGCGCGUGACGGGCAUGACCCUGGCCGCGGGCUCCGUGCUGCUCGCCGGCCCACGGCGGUUUGGCACCCUGGAGGUGGCACUGUGCUGGUUCUGGCUGUUGGUGCUACUGUUCGGGCUGCCCUGGACGGCCAGGGCCAUGGGGCACCGGCAGCUGCUCUGGCUCGGGGCCGCCCUGGCGGGAGUCACGACCACCCUGGGCGCCGCUCGGACGACAGCACUGCUGCUGCUGCACAGGAGGCGCUGGAGGGAAGGCCAGCUGGUCGUCAGGAAGCUGGGUAACUUCCCUGGAACAAGUCUAUCGUCAAGUCCGAGUGGGGCAAGUGGAGCAAGCCUGAGCAGUGGCUCCUUCACGUCCUGCAAGCCCAACUGGGAAACACUGAGCAGCCGUAGUCGUAGCCAAAGCCAGGUCAUUCAGAGCACUGAGGUACCUCCAGCCAAGACUGCCACUGCUCGUGGCGAACCACUGCAAGAUCUACUCAAACGGGUUCACAUCUCACCCGACAGUGAAGUUCCUCGGAGCAGUGGGCCUCGGUCCGCGCCGGGACGCGAAUCCCCAAGCAAGGCCGGACGUCCCUCCGCGCCAAACGGCAGCUGCGCGUCGGGGCCGGCACGGCCGUUGCUGUGGCCCCCUGGCUUCCGCCCGAGUCCCCAGUCAUCGACGCCGGGGUCGUCCGUAUUAGCUCGGGCGGCCGGAAACUUCUCUGCAACUACGGGAGGCGUUGCAAGUCCUUCGCCGAGCAGCAAGGGCCCGCUUUCGACUGCCGGAUCAGAGUUUUUGUGGGGAGUGAAGCAGACGUUCGGCAUGCUGACGCCACCCCCUUCGCUCGCGGGGUCAACGGGAAAGGACUCUGCCGCCUUGACCCGAAAGCCGGCGUCCCAAGCAAUGCUGGCUUCCUCAAACUCCAUCAUCAAAAGGAGCGUGAUGUCUACCAGUUCGGCAAGCGGCUCUUUGCCGGCCCUGGCCGGCAGCUUCUCCCUGGCGCCGCCGUCGGCGAUUGCCAGCCAAAGAUCGGCUUGGCUCGGUGGCCGCUCUCCGUCGAAUGCGGAGGGGGAUCGUGGGACGUGUUUCGUAAGACAGCGCGCAAAUGGGAGCCCACCACAUGAGGACGACUGCGAGAAGAUGAGCUUCAUCGGGUCGUCUGUGAGCCAAAACACUCGCUGGGGACUGGAAAAGUCGACAGCAGCCGGAUACUGUCAGACGCCAGCCAAGAAGCGCGUCCCAUGCACUCGCCUGCUCCUGCUCCUCAGCGUGGGUGCCAACGUGCUGCUGUUUGCCUACUUUGUUGCCCUCCCCUGCGUCGGAAUUGGAGUGCAGUGAGGUCGCCAGUCUUUUCGCGGUGUCAUUCGCCGCUCUUGCGGUUGCUUGACCUGCAGUUUGCUGUGAUAAUCAAGUCAUUGCAUUUGUUGUGGUGUCGCGGCGAGCCUGAGGAAUAUUGCCGACCAUGGUUAUGUGGUAAGCAGUAAGCAUUGGUUCAUAUGUGGCUCACUCUUUAUGAAUUGUUUUAUGAAGUCUGUGCAGCGUCGUGGAACACGCUAGCACAUGGCCGUGGAAACCAUUUCGGUGGCUCUCGUACAUUUGAGAUUAGAGGUGCAUAAACAAUAGUUAGAAUGGAGCGGUGCUGCAUGAUUAUAACUUUUGCAGCGCAAAGGCAAACCAUUGUAAAGCAACCAUAAGCUUGGCCUUCUUUGUGCCGUGAAAACGAUGAACCACCCAACCCUAUUGAAUUUUUAACCGCCAAUUGCUCACCUUUAAUUUGCCCGUGCCCUCCGCAACACCAAGCACAAUCGUGACGCGGAGUCUAAUGAUGAACACGAAAUUUCAAGCAUGUGCGAGAUGUAGUCAGUCGCAUUAUUAUAUUGUUUUUGUAUUUGUCUACCACACCUCAAAAGACGACAUAUUUUGUUUCUAACUCAUUCUUCACAAUUUCUUUGCACUUGUCUAGACUUUGGACGAAAGCUAAAUUUUUGUUUGGAAUGUGCAUUCCCAUAUUUCGCCAGGCUUGUUUUUUUUACCAGUGUUUGUAAGCUAAUCGACAUGUUGCCUCAUACUUUUUUGACAUAUGCAUAUUUCUUUUUAAGUGACCCAGUCAACUUUCAGUUUUUUUAGAAUUUUGCUAGGAUUUGUUUAUAGUGAAAUGUUCCAUUUCUAUAUGGAAUGUCCAAAACACUGCCUUUUUAAAGCUGAAUGAAUUGUAUAGUUUUUGACCAGGGGCCAAAAUCAUUUUUGAUCGGCAAGCCCUUUUGAGUAGGCUACCAUACUACCAUUAUGAACCAUUGUGCAUGUAUGAUCAGAAAAACAAUGCAGAGAACACUCGUGUAGAUUUUAUUGGGGUAAAUAAAUAUUGAAGUGAUGCGAGC